AUCUCAGUGCGUGGCAUUUCGAGCAUAUUAAGCAAGGCAGGGCAGGAAGGAGUCGGGAGAGAAGAGAGCAGCGGAGACGACCACCAUGUUGGAAGGGAAGGCGACGGUGGAGGACACCGACAUGCCGGUGAAGAUGCAGCUGCAGGCGAUGUCGGCGGCGUACAAGGCCCUCGACCGCUUCGACGCCCUCGACUUUCGGAGCAUCGCCGCCCACAUCAAGAAGGAGUUCGACAUGAUCCACGGGCCAGGAUGGCAGUGCGUGGUGGGCGCCAGCUUCGGCUGCUACUUCACCCACAGCAAGGGAAGCUUCAUCUACUUCAACCUGGGGGCGCUCAGGUUCCUCGUCUUCAAAGGUGCAGCAUCCUAGCCGAUGGGCUGAAAGCGACGGCCACGAGUCCAGAAGCCAUCUGAUUCAGAAUAAUCAGAAUAACCAGCGGGCGCUGCAAGUUUUUCUCUCCCGGUUUUUGAUGACGACGAGGGCGUGAAAUGUACUCUCACGAUUUAGAACAGUAGAAAAUUGGGAGUAGGGAUUUGGAAUUGCUGGUCAGACAUGCGAUUCCACUUGGUGUUUGUGUUGUGCGUGUGUGUGUGUGUGUUUUUUAAUAGAACGACUUGGUUGUACUCGUACAUAAUUGGAUCAACAGCAACAAGGCUAAAUUUAUUCA